UGCUGUGCGCGCCAUGAAACUGGCUUCCUGUGUCGGCCAUUGUGGCUCUCCGUGUAGACGGCGACGAACGGGGCCAUCUUCCACUCACUCGAGCCCGAAUGUCUCCGUUUUCCUCGUCGAAGCCUACGAGACACUGGAGGUGAAAACAGCGCCAUUUCUGUCGGCGUCCAUGAUACGCUAUGCUACCGCAGCGGAUUCCAGAGCUCCAGCUCCGAAAGGCAGCGGGCGAGAACUAGCCGCUCCCCUUUCGGUGGUCUUCUCCUUCUUCAGCCUACAGCAGGUGCUGAAGUAUUUUCCCCAAUAUGGGCGCUUCUGUGUGACGCAGACACUACUUGUGUUUUGCUGAGCAGCUGAGAUCGAUCAGCAGCCAUGCCUGACGAAUGAAAACACCUUUUUUUGCGUAAAGCAAAAAAAAAAAAAGAAUACCACAUGCCUCCUCAUGUAGAGCCCCUUCAGUGCAUCCUGCUGGACUGAUUGCCCACUACCCUUUCUGAGGUUUCAGUUCCACCUCUCCCUUUGCACUCCACCCAACAGCAACAACUCAUCACUAUGCCGAUCCAGCUGAGAAUGACGAACACCUGAGGUCUCAUGCGUCCAGUGAGCACCGAUUCAGACGGUCCCGCUCCUUCCGAGAACCUCUCUUGUCCCUACCGGCUCGUGGGCCCCCUGCCUGCCUCAGAGAUGUCGCUGUUCCAGUCGCUGGGUCCAGUACAAAGCUGGCUGGGCCAGGAGCUGGAGAAGUGCGGGAUAGAUGCCAUGAUUUACACCCGCUACGUCCUCAGCCUUCUCCUGCACGACAGUUACGACUAUGACCUGCAGGACCAAGAGAAUGACAUCUUUUUGGGCUGGGAGAAGGGGGCUGGGAAAAAAUGGGGCAAGAGUAAGAAGAAGGGAGGGACCGACCUGAGUCUUGAGGAAAUGAAGAAACAAGCAGCUGUGCAAUGUCUUCGUUCUGCAUCGGAUGAAAACUCUGGGAUUGAAAGCCUGGUUGAAGAGCUUUGCUCCAAACUUAGGGAAAUUCAAAACAAACAGAAAGAGGAAAAACAGAUCCAAAAGAAGUCUGAAGGUGCUCUAUCUCCAGAUCGGGUUGAGUCCCCAUCUUCAAAGGAUCAGGUUGAAAUGUAUUAUGAAGCCUUCCCUCCUUUGUCAGAGAAACCUGUUUGUCUCCAAGAGAUCAUGACCGUGUGGAACAAAGCCAAAGCCUGCACGUACUCAAGUUCAUCAUCCUCAGCAGCCCCACAGACCAGCACAGACACCUCCUCCCCAAAAGAUUGCAACAGCGAGUGUGAGGCUGCAAAGGAACGGAACCCAGAAUCGUUUGGUACCAUCACCGGUGUGAGCAAUGAGAAAGGCCAGCAACGACGAAACAAGAAGGAGAAAGAAAACCGAUAUCAUUGCAGCGCAGGAGCAGAAGAGAAAAACACACUCCACUCCAAGAGACAAACAAGACACAGGUCUGAGGGCAAAUACAGAGCCCGUUCCUGGUCUUCUGGCUCUAGUGAAGCAGGCUCGAGCUCAAGUGGGAACCAGGGAGACACAAAGUCAUUUAGAGGCAAGACGGUUAGAGUAAGGCACAAAUGCAGAGAGGUCGGGAAGAAUAGGAGACAACGCAAUAGCGGACCGUUGAAGCUUCAGCUGAAGGCUAUUGACAAAGAGGAGCGACGCAAUGCAGGAAGGGGCAGUGCACCUGGAAGCACUGGCAAAGCACCACAGCUUUACAAAAAGAGUAAGAGAUCCCUCAAGGAGUUUUGUAAAGAUCCAGGCUGGGUGGAAGCAAAUGAGAUUGGCCUUGAGGCCAGAAACACAAAGGAAUACAUGGAGGAGCCCCUCUGGUACACUGAGCCCAUCACAGACUAUUUUGUACCUUUUAGCAGCAGACAAAGCAAGCUGGAAACAAAGUAUAGAAGCAAAGUUGGCUCUCCUGAAGACUUAAAUCUGGCAGCUGACAUGGCUAUGCUGCCAGAGAGAAUCCAAGGAAUCUGCAUUGCCAGCGAGAGCUACCAGAGAACAUACCUUGCUGCAGGCUCAUUUGUUGAUGGACGUUUUGUGGAAGCAGAGGACGAGACUGCUGAGCUCAUUGGGAGCUCAAGCUGCCUUCAGCCAGAGGAUAGUGGAGAUUUAGAUGACAAGCAUCUGCCAGAAUUCACCGACUUCUAUGAAGUUGACAUUUAUCAGUCCAUAUUGGAUACUAGUGCCUCAGACUCGUUACAAGAGAGUCGGAUCCUCAGCAUGAUUCGACAAAAAAGCAAAGAGCAAAGAGAUGUCGAGGCAGAACCUUGUUUAGUGUUAGAUGGCCUUGAGCAGCAAGGGAAAAGUGCAAUAAGGGCAGACUUAGAGGAAGCGCCGGAAUCAGUUGGGUUCCUAAUGGAGGAUCUUGACAAUAUGGCUCAAGUUUGGGGGUGUUACACUCCAUCUACGUCAGAUGAUAUAGAUGGAGAAAGUUUCAUGGGCGACUCCCCCAUACGACUCUCCCCCCUCCUUGAUAGUGUUUCCUUUACUUUGAGUAAAAUGUCAGGAAAUCUGGUGGAGCCACAAGUUCCUGAAGCCACCAGGGAGCCAUCUUCUUGCUUCUCUCUUUUUGAGCUGCAGUACGACAGCCCUGCUUUUCCUUUUCCCCAAGACUCGCUCUGUGUCGCUCAAGAAAACAAAGCCGAUUCUAGUGUUUGUCUCGACCCACAUACUAAUAAACAGUCUCGUUUGCUAAUAUGGACCAAAAAUAGUGCCUUUGAUGAAACGGAACACUGCUCAAACCUUUCAACGCGAACAUGCAGUCCGUGGUCACAUUCGGAAGAGACGCGUUCAGACAACGAGCAUGGGAAUAUUCCCACGGAGGAGUCUACUCAGAUUGGCACAGAAGAAAUUGAUUUGAGAAUCCCUCCUCUUUCUGGUACAUAUCUUGAGGAAGAAAUCUUGGAUUUUUUGCAAGAAGACUCUGGGCGCAAUUGUGAGGCGACCACGGCAUCCAGUCAGACUUACACCAAAAAAUCGAAAUUGGAGUCAAUUUGUGGAAUAGCAUUAGAAGAGGAUGAAAGCAAACAAUACAGUUCUUGCAUUUUCUCAGAUGACACAAACCAACAGAGUGGCGAGUACAGCUCAGGUAUAAUUAAAGACAUUUGGUCUGUAGUUGGGGAUGGUAAAUUGGUGGUAUCAAGGCAAGGUGGAGAGAAACCAAGUGAAGCGUUUCCUGAGGACUCUGUUGGCUACUGUGGCAGCUGUCUGGAGGUGCAGGCCAAACGAGUUCCUCUUCAUGGACCUCAGAAAAAAGCAGUGCAGCGCUCUGAGUAUCACCUCUGGGAGGACAAGAGCGAAGAACAGGACUUAGCCAAAAACAAACUAUCCAAGUUAGAUGGUGCUGGGGAUUACAUGACUCCGUCCAGACCCUGUGACUUGAGAUCAGAUAAAGACAGUACGUCUUUUAUCAUUGGUGGAGUGUAUGGAGAGUUUAAGAAUUGGGCUGUCAUGCCACCAAAUGAAUCUCAACACAGCUUGCUACAGUCUACCGCCACAUCUGCUUCUACUUCUGAAAUGCUCACCAUUACUGGCACCGAUGUGUUCAUGAACACUAGCAGCUGCUUCGCUCCAGGACAAAGGCGCCUGUGGAGACCUCUUGUGUCCUUUGGCCAAAGCGACCACACUUUUACAGGGAGCAGAGAUGGAUUGAAUAAGGGAUUUUCUCUUAUCUUCCGAGAAGAUUUGCUUGGAUCUUACGGAGGUUUGCGCGAUGAGGAGCAAGGUUUAGAAUACCCCUUUGCAUCCUUCCACCUGAAUAAUCCCUUCUCUCAAGUUCUCCAUGUGGAGUGUUCCUUCGAGCCUGAGGACAUGGCUUCCUUUAGUCCUGGCUUUAAGCCUAAAUCUAUUCUUUGCUCGGACUCAGAAAGUGAAGUAUUACGCCCUCAAAUUUAUGGCAUCAACCAAACACAGUACAGGGCCAUUCGCAUCUCCCCCAGGACUCAUUUCCGGCCAAUAUCGGCCACUGAGUUGUCUCCUGGUGGAGUGAGUGAUUCCGAGGCAGAGUCCGACAAAGAGGAGGCAAGUUUUCCCGUCCUGGCACAAGUGGAUGUCUUUGAUGAUCCUCAGGCAGAUCUCAAACCUCUAGAGGAGGAUGCAGAAUGUGAAAGCCCUUAUUAUGGGAAGUCCGAAUUGGAAUCUGGUAAAUUCAUACCCAGAUUGAAGAAAUCUGGCAUGGAGAAGAGUGCCCAAACCUCCCUGGAUUCACAAGAGGGCUCCAGUACCCUCCUACCAAUCCCUGAGCAAGAGAGAAGUUUGGACUGUCAAACAACAGCAGCAGCAGCAGUAUCAACUGCAUGUGGACAAAUAGACAUCUCAGUUGGCACGUUUCAAAAAGCGGAAACUCCAGGAGCAAAACCGACCUACUUACGUGCGGCAGCAGGUCAAGUCCCUAAAUAUGGGAUCGCUUAUGAUUUUGUUGGAGAUGUGCCAGAGUUCCCACUGUUAAACAUAAGUGGGCAGGGAGGAAGUGGAAACCAGGAAGAUGAGUGCUGGUGGCAAAACACUCUCUGUUCCCCCCUUUUCCCUGGAUCUCAGUGUACAGGGAGCAGCAACAUUUGAAUUGUUUCACUUGCAGAGGACUCAUGUUGGCGUGAGGGAAAGAUCCUGGACUCUGGUGACUGGACCUCUACCAGCAUUUAUUCAGGGUCAUCUCAGAGCCAGAAAACCUAAUGUAGGCUGAUUUCAUGAGCUUGUCCCCAGCCGCCCACACACACACACACACACACACGCACGUACGCACACACUUGCGUGCACACAAACAAAUAACUGAUGGUUUUCCUUUACUAACAAAAAAACUUGUGUAAUCAACAAUCAGAUCAACAGAAAAAUUAGUUAAAGCAGGAAAAAAAGAUUUUGUGUGUUUGAGUGAUGCCAUAUGCAAAUGUAAUUUUUAGAAUCGGUGAUUCAGCUUGCAGCUAUUAGGCAUCCAUAUGGGUCCUUUUAGUUGUGUUCCCACCAUCAAACAUUAGAAUACUUUAUAGCUGGUGGUGUCUGAAUGGUUGUACAUGUGCGUCUGCCCGGCCAGUCUCCCUCUUUUUUUUUUCUUUUUUUUCUUUUUUUUUUUUAAUAUAAAAACCCUGGUUAAAAGACUAAUUGCUGCGUGAAAUGGAACACAUCCUCUCCUCUACAUCCCCUCUUGACAAAGACCACACUAGGAUGUGAUUUUUUUUUUGAGGUCUAAAAAAAAUGUGAUUAUAUAAUUUACAAAGUUUGUUGUUUGAACAACUUUCUGAGAGCAAUGUAGAGAAUGUGUGCGCCUUUCUUUAAGAUAUCCAUCAACUCUCCAGCAAAAUGGAAAGUUAUCAUAAAGUCAGACGUUUGUACGGUGAGUUUUUGACAAUUUAGUAAUAGAUUAAAGACUGGUUUGUAAGACUACAUUUAUUCGGAUAAAAAUAAAACGGGGAGCUACAAUUGCAUAACUAUGUACUAAAAUACAAUGCGCCAAAACAAUUGGGAAGACAAAAACACAACCAUGAAAAUAAAAAAAUAUUUCUGCAGGCAGCCUUUGCAGCUGAAUGCAACAUUUACCGGUAGUUGAUAUUUUUGUUCUUCUAUGGUACACAACAUUGGUGCUAUACCUGUUCCAAGAUGUGGCUGUGAUAAAUAGAAUCACUUAGUAUUUUUUUCCCAGUCCAUUCAGUCACAAAUCCAUCGACUUUUGUUUAUUUCUAUGAAGCAAAUUAAAAAGGAAGAAAAAACAUUUUGUCUGAUUACUCUUUAAAUGUGGUUUGGUUUUAAAUUUGAAAUUGUAAGGCCUGUAACCAAUGCAGCAGGAAUAAUACGAUCUCUUCCAUUGAUCCAAAGCAAAAAGGACACAAAUCAUUCAUUUAUUUGUCUUUGUGUUGCAACUAAAUCAAUACAGCAAAUCGUGGGCAUGGUUAAAAACCAACAAAAAUGCCAUAUUGACACUACAAGCUACCAUUGUUUUUCUUGUAUGGAGUGUUUUUAUUUUGUUUUAUUUGGUUCAGCAUAUAUCUUGUUGAAAUGUUGAGUAAUGUGUUAACUCCUGGUCUCUUUAAAAUGUGAAUGUGUACACAUGCAUACAUUCUUUAAAUAUGAAACAGAUAUAUUUUUGAAAAGCUGAAACUAAUUGGGUUCUAGUACACUUCCGUGAGUCAUGCAAAUUAUACUUAAACAAAUCUGCAGGGUAACUACUUUUCCUGUUUGCAUUGUAUAAACCCGCAUAACUUUCCCACUUUUUGUUCCAACUGAAACGGAAGUAGGAUGGGUUAUUUUCCAGAUCUCGCCAUUGAUUCUCAAGCACAAAAUCCCUAUCCUCAUGCCAUUGCUUGGAAAUUUAUGUUUAACUUAUGUGGCAGUUUAUUUUUUAUUGGCUUCCUGGUUUUGAUAUUGAAAGAUCUGAAAGUAUGGGGUUCCCCCCCGCUAAAUAGCUGAGAUUUAAAAAAAAGAAAGGUACUCUCUUUCAGGGUCUCGCAAGCUUUUUUCUCAGUCAUCAGACACUCAGGAAUUUUUUGAUAUAAGUAUACUUUUCAUAAACAUUGACAGUGUGGCAGUACAAUGCAUAUUUGAUUGUAGAUCACAGAUUUACAUUAUUUCCAAGCAAACCACAGCGACAGUGGACUUUAUUUAGAACAAUGUAGUUUAAAAGGGGGGAAAGAUUAAGCCAUUGUUGACUGCAUAAGCAAUGUGACGGCUUUUCAAGAGGCCUCUAGAGUCCUAUGCAAUACCUUGGUGAAAACCUUCAAGAAUAUGUGAAGAAUAGUCACUCUUUCAAUUUUGCGUGUUUGUUUUUAAGAAAACGAUGCCUCAGUACCCCUCUAAAAAUGUCACAGUCAACCUUUUUUUGGUUUGAGUGAUGUUUAAUCACUGAUUGAAAGGUAAGACCUAGUUUGAGUGUUGAGUUUCAAAGACCCAAAGGACAGUGUGACACCAAGUGUUUAGUGUGAGUUUUUCAGUGUGUUAUAAAGAGUUUGACUCAUAAAGCACUUAUUUGGAAUUGAAAGAAAUACAUCCCACCUUUUACUCCAUCAGCUCACUUCCAUUUUUGUAUACUGCAUUUGGUUUAAAAAAAAAAAAAAAAAAAACUUGUGUGAUGAGAAAAUGCAGUCAGUGAGGGUCUUUGGUUUUGGAACAACACUGGUGUGGCGGAUGGAGUUAGGAUUGCAUUGUGGUUCAAAGAACAUAUAACCCACCACUGAAAAGUUUACUUUUCCUUGUCCGUUCAUUCCUUCACCACCCUUCGCCUCUUCUUUGUCCUAAAGUUAGCUGUGUUGUUCUGAUUUCAUGUGCACCCUGAAGAAAUUAUUUUUCUUUCAUUGUGGAUUUCAUUAACAUCUAAUAAAAGGGUCAACCAAACAUCUGUCAAUUUGUAUGUUCUUAUGACCAUUAGCCUACGUGGAGUGCACCAAUUAGUGGUGAGCAAUAAUUAGGCUGGCUGCAAAUUUUAAUAUGGCUCCAAUAUGAAGUAAAUAAAAGGCAAUAGUGUUGUUGAUGCCAAUACUUAGAACGUUUCUUUUAAUAAGCUGAGCGCCUUAACCAUCAAAAUCAUACAUUCUAGUGUGAGAGUCUCACUUGUUGAAUUAAACUAAAUAAAGUCAAAAUUUUCUCAUAUAUUGAGGUGAAAAUUAAGUCAACAGAGCCCUCCUGUGUCCAAG